UCCGCCUCCUCCUCCCCACCGCCGGAAAAACCACUUCUUUGCCUCCCUCGCUCUCUCUCUCCGACAUGGACCCCGACUUCCGGUUCGACCCGGACGGUUCCGACGACGAGGCGGCGGCGGCGGCGGCCUCCGCGCGGCGCAAGCCAGCGCAGUCUCCGUGGGAGUUCUCCACGUACGCGCAGUCCGUGGCGGCGGAGCACGCCAGCCGCCGCACCACCUCCAUCGACGAGAAGAUCUCCCAGGCCCUCAGGGGACGACGCAACCCCUCUAUGCCUGACGGAUCAGAGGACGACGAGGAGGAGGAUGCUGCUGCUGAUGACGAUGAUAGCGACGAUGAGGCGGUGAAGGGGGAGAGCGGGGACGAGGAGGACGAGCUAGAGGACAGCGACGACGACGAAGAGAGCGAGGAGGGGGAGGAGGUGGACGAGGAUGAAAGCGGGGAGGAGGAUGGCGAAGAGGAGGAAGAAGAAGAGGCUGCACAGGAGGAUGAUGAUACACCCGAACAGAGCGGCACUCCGGAUCCUUCCAAGUUUUUCGCGUCGUCGGAAGGAGCGUCCUUCAGCGCAAAUUCCUUUCUUGAGCUCAACCUAUCACGUCCACUCAUUCGAGCUUGUGAAGCACUUGGCUACCAGAAACCAACACCUAUUCAGGCUGCAUGCAUACCUUUAGCAUUAACAGGGCGGGAUAUAUGUGGCAGCGCUAUAACGGGGUCAGGGAAGACAGCUGCUUUCUCUCUGCCUGUGCUGGAGCGUCUACUUUUCCGGCCAAAGCGUAUACCUGCUAUUAGGGUGCUUAUUCUUACUCCAACUAGAGAGUUGGCUGCUCAGGUCCACAGUAUGAUUGAAAAAUUAGCCCAGUUUACCGAUAUCAGGUGCUGUCUCAUAGUUGGUGGACUUCCAACGAAGGUACAAGAGGUAGCUUUAAGGUCAAAUCCUGACAUUGUUGUUGCCACUCCUGGUCGCAUAAUAGAUCAUCUACGCAAUUCCCUUUCUGUUGGCCUUGAAGAUCUUGCAAUUUUGAUCCUUGAUGAAGCUGACCGUUUGCUGGAACUGGGUUUCAGUGUUGAAAUUAAUGAACUGAUUCGCAUGUGUCCUAAAAGAAGGCAGACAAUGCUCUUUUCUGCUACAAUGACAGAGCAAAUUGAUGAACUUGUGAAACUUUCACUAAACAAACCAAUUCGUCUUGAAGCCGAUCCAUCGCUGAAACGCCCUGCAACAUUGACCGAAGAGGUAGUUAGAAUAAGACGAUCACGUGAAGCAAAUCAAGAAGCUGUUCUGCUUGCUCUCUGUUUGAAGACCUUCAAGGAAAGAGUAAUCAUUUUUAGUGGGACAAAGCAUUCUGCUCACAGGUUAAAAAUAAUGUUUGGUCUAUCUGGGAUGAAAGCUGCUGAACUUCAUGGCAACCUUACACAGGCUCAGCGGCUUGAGGCAUUAGAACAAUUCAAAAAACAAGAGGCGGAUAUCCUGAUUGCAACUGAUAUUGCAGCUCGUGGUAUUGAUAUUGUUGGUGUUCGAACAGUAAUAAAUUUUGCCUGCCCACGUGACGUCACAACUUAUCUUCAUCGUGUUGGUCGUACCGCUCGAGCAGGCAGGGAGGGCUAUGCCGUGACAUUUGUUACCGAUGAUGAUAGAUCCCUCUUGAAAGCUAUCGCAAAGAAAGCUGGUUCACAGCUAAAAAGCCGCAUUGUUGCAGAGAAACCUGUGGCUGACUGUGCAAAAUUAAUCGAGCAACUGGAACAUCAAAUUUCUAACAUAAUUCUAGAAGAAAGGGAGGAAAUGGCAUUACGGAAAGCUGAAAUGGAAGCAACAAAGGCAGAAAAUAUGAUAGCUCACAAGGAUGAGAUAUACUCACGCCCAAAGAGAACCUGGUUUGCUACUGAAAAGGAAAAGAAGACUUUGGCAAAGGCUGCUAAAGAAUCCAUGGGUCAAGUUAAAAGUGGUUCCGGAGUUGUUAGCGCUCAGCAAGCCGAAGAUCUUCGUCUGAAGGAGAAAAGGAGAAGAGAGCGUGAGAAAAAUCUACCUAGGAAGAAACGCCGAAAAUUAGAGGCACAACGGGAGAUGCUGGAGGACGACAGGGCAGAUGAGGAGGAAGCUCAGGAAAGCGAAGGAGGGAAGAAAGCAAAGAAUAGCCAAUCUGUAGUUGAUGUGGCUUAUCGUAGGGCAAAAUCAAUGAAGGCUACGGGCAAAAAGGGUAUUGUUGCUGUCAAAGGAAAGAAUGAGAAAAAGGCAAAACAACCUUCUGACAAGGGGCAGACUAGGCAAGAGGAAAUGCACGAACUGUUCCAGAAUGAUAUGAGUGAAUGGAAACAGGGCCGCGCCUUGAAGAAAAAGGACAGCUCUUUUGCAAAGAAAUCCAAGAACUCUUUUAAGAGCAAAUCAAGGUACAAGCGGCGAAAGUAGAAGACCUGUCAACUUAUAAUGGAUUGUCAUAACUGGGCGUGCAUUACCCCUUGUAACAUUUUUGACUAAUUUGCCCCGAGGAAUCCCCAGGGUCCUUAUGUUGUUUACUCACUGUCUCUGUCUAUGAGUUCUAGAAUUGUACCCAUACCAUGUAAUUGCAAUUUCUCCAUUUCUGAAA